CUAUUUCUCAGCUGUGGGUAAAAUUAGCCCGGUGUCAUGAGUGUUUAUAAAAAGAAGGCUGUCACCGAGACAAUGUCCGAACACAGACUGCAGCCCGCCUCGUGGAGAAAUGGAAAUGAAUGGGGGGUUGUGGGAUGAGGUUAAAGCCUGGAAAUCACUGUGGGCUCGAGUUACACACACAUUCACACGCGCUAAAAAAAAAAAAGCAGGUUGGGUCUUGAGAACCUUUUAAAAACCAUCUCCGCCCCCGUUUGGCGCGUCAGAGCUCUCCUGGGGGCUCACCGGCGCAGAGCGAGCCCACACGCUCCAAACUUUUACGCACCGAUCUGUGGAACUACUCAAAACUUUUUCACGCGUUUAAAGUUAGGAUCUUAGAUUUUUCGUGUCACCUGAAAACAAAUUUGGGAUUUUUUUCUCUUAGAAGUGUCGUUUUGGUUAUUGAACCAUUGUCUUUUUUUUGCGCGAAUCGUUUUAUUCCAGCAGACAAAUGCAGUGAGAGGAAAAGGGGAGAACGAUGUCUGCAAUGAAAUGCCUGGUCUUGGUGGUCCUCAUCAGCGCGCACAGGCUCCUGGCUGACCCGCUGGUUCCGUUUGGGGAGGGGGAUGAAUCCGGUGACAGCGCCUCCACUUUGGCCUUUGUGUUCGACGUGACCGGCUCCAUGUACGACGAUUUGAAGCAGGUGAUCGAGGGAGCCUCUCGGAUCCUGGAGAAGACUCUGAGCCGGAGGACCAGACCCAUCAAGAACUUUGUCCUGGUUCCAUUUCAUGACCCAGAUAUUGGCCCUGUGUCCAUCACUACUGACCCCAAAAGGUUUCAACAGGAUUUGCAAGAGCUAUUUGUCCAGGGAGGAGGAGACUGCCCUGAGAUGAGCAUAGGAGCCAUAAAAAAAGCCUUGGAGGUUUCUCUGCCCGGAUCCUUCAUCUACGUCUUCACUGACGCCCGAGCCAAAGACUACCGCCUGAAAAGAGACGUUCUGAGGCUGGUGCAGCUCCGUCAAUCACAGGUCGUGUUUGUGUUGACCGGAGACUGCGGGGACCGCUCCCAGCCGGGAUACAGGGCCUAUGAGGAGAUAGCUGCGACCUCGUCGGGACAAAUCUUUCACUUGGACAAGCAGCAGGUUAAUGAGGUUCUAAAGUGGGUAGAAGAGACGGUUCAGGCUAUGAAGGUCCACCUGCUGUCCUCCAACCACGACAGGGCCCAGGAAAACAAAUGGGAAGUGCCUUUUGACCCCAGCCUCAGAGAGGUCACGGUGUCGCUCAGUGGACCGGCGCCACAGAUUGAGCUGAACGAUCCCUUUGGGCGGGUUGUUGGUGAGGAGCAGGGCCUGAAGGAGCUGCUAAAUAUACCAAACUCAGCUCUUGUCGUCAACUUAAAAUUUCCCAGCCCUGGUUCCUGGAAACUCAAGGUGAGCUGCAGUGGCCGUCAUACUCUGAGGGUCACUGGGGUCAGCAAUCUGGACUUCAGAGCCGGCUUUUCCACCACUCCCGUCUCAGAGUUCAACCAGACUAGAGAGAGACCAAUCAAAGGGCUUCCGGCACACGUUAUGCUGAAAUGCACAGGCCUUAAGCCUCCUGGUUAUCUGAGCCACGUGGAGCUCAUGUCAGGCUCCGGCCGCUCAUUACGCACCAUCCCUGUCCCUUUGCCCUCUGACCUCGGCCAACAAGGGCUGUGGAGUCUCCCCGAGUUCCGCACCCCUCCACAGAGUUUCUUUCUCAAGGUAACAGGGGAAGACGAUGAAGGAUUCCGCUUCCAGAGGCUGUCCAGCGUAUCCUACACCAACAUCAUUCCAGGCAAGACGCCUCCUGCAGGCAUUUGUCUCACCGGCGUUUCCCACACCUCAUCAAUCUCUUGGCUCAACCCUUUCCUCCCUUGUGUAGAUCCUCCAUUUGUGAGAAUGCCCGAUGCAGUGAAAGGCUUUUACAUGCAGCCGGUGGUGAUUGGCUGCUCAGUGCAAAGUGACAUUCCCUACAGGCUGAGAUUCACCCGGAGUGGGAUUUCUCUGGGAGAGGAGAAGCUCUUUCAGAAAUCGGCUGUUGCAUCAUGGGAGAUUGUCGGUGCAUCUGCUGAUGAUGAAGGUUUGUACGAGUGCGUAGCACAGAGCACUAUAGGACAAGGCCGGGCUUUGACUCAACUAACUGUUCUGGAGCCUCUCCCGGUUCUGAGACCCGCAGUAAAUGUGACUUCCUCUGUGGGCGGUGUGGCCGUGCUGUCCUGUCAGGUGGAAGGUACCGUGCGCCACAACUUGACAUGGCACAGAGCGGGCCGUACCGUCCGAGCACACGUGGGAAGGGUGAAGCUGCUGUCUGACUCCUCCCUGCAGAUCAGUGGGGUUCGGACUCAGGAUGCUGGGGAAUACCAAUGUGUAGCCAGCAAUGCGCACGGAGAAAACAGAGUCGCCGUGUGGCUUCUCGUCCCAGAGGCUCCUUCUGUGGUGGUUCACCCCCUGAGCCAGGCCUUCACCCGAGGGGAUGAGAUCCGCUUAGUCUGCUCGGCGUCCGGCUCCCCCCCUCCCCGACUCCUCUGGAGCCACGGAAACAUGUUCCUUACUAAUCGGCCGAGGUUUGGUCUAAAUGAUGGAGUUUUGACCAUCAGAGGGGCCCUUCCAGGGGAUGCUGGGAACUAUACUUGCUCAGCAACCAAUGAUGCUGGGACUGCAUCUCAGUCGGUGGCACUCACUUAUGCAGAGGUGCCAAAAAUCACAGUUCCACAGGAGGUCAUACUUUCAUCUGUUGGUGCUGAUGCUACUCUGGAGUGUAAAGCUACAGGCAUCCCUCCUCCUCUUGUCCGCUGGUAUAAAAGUGCCCUUGAGGUCGGGUCUGCUCCUUUUGUCGAGCAGGAUGUACACCGCGGGACGUUGCGUAUUCGAACAGUGCAGGAGGUCGACGCCGGUCAGUACAGCUGUGUGGCUACCAGCUCUGCUGGAACCUCAUCUGGUACUGUCAGCCUGGUGGUUGGAGGUGAGACUUCUGCAUUCCACAUGAAGCUUUCCUUUUUUUUUCUUUCUUCAAAAUCUGCACAAAGAAAAAACUCAUUUUGGGUCACUCAUACUUGCACAGCGAGCCCUUUGUUCUCGGAGGAACCAACAGAUGUUACAGCCAAUGUGGGGGAGAACAUCACCCUUCCGUGUGUCGCCCGGGGUCUCCCGCAGCCAACGGUGACCUGGCACCGACAGAACGGCAGGAAGGUUUCCCCUUGGACAGACAGUCACAGCAGGACCACGCAGAUGGAGGAUGGACGUCUAGUAAUUCGAAGUAUCUGGUUGGAUGAUGAAGGCUUGUACAUCUGUGAGGCCAAAAACCAGUUUGGAACCAUCCAAGCUGAGGCCAGAGUUACUGUCACUGGAUUGGAGCCCCCUCUCUUGGCCCAGACCACUCCAGUCAUCACUGCUGGUAUCGGCCAGUCCCUAAGCCUCCCUUGCAUGCUGUUGAAUGGAAUACCUCUUCCAGAAAGAUACUGGUCUCAAAACGGAAAACCUGUUAAGCUGAAUGGGAGUAUGUUUUUGAGGAGCGAUGGCAGUUUGUACAUACAGAAAGCCAUCCCGCAGGACGCCGGGACUUACGUCUGCACAGCAGAGAAUGUAGCCGGCUCUGCAAACGUCUCAGUCAGCCUAGAGGUCCAAGUGCCCCCAGAGAUUAAUACUGGUCCAUACCACUACAUAGCCAAUGAGGGGGUAGCCAUCACACUGUCAUGUGAGGCCACUGGAGUUCCCAAGCCAACUGUUGUCUGGUCUAAGGGGAGGCAGCCUCUGCCUAGAGAGCGCUCCUCACUCGACUCUGACGGACACCUCCACAUUCCACACCCCACAGCGGCUGAUGCAGGCAUCUACAUCUGCACCGCCACCAGCCUCGUGGGGUAUGCUAGCAGGGAGAUUCAGCUCAGUGUGAAUACCAUGCCAACAAUCCAGGGUGUGAGCAGCCAUGACAGCGUUAUCAAGAUGUCAGCAGAGGUGGGGAGAGAAGUUAUCCUCCCCUGUGAGGUGCAGGGCAGCCCCUCUCCACUGGUCACAUGGAGCCGAAAUGGGCUCCCCAUCCCCCCCGUCACAGCUGGGUUCACUAUUUUGCCUUCAGGCUCUCUGAGGAUCAUAGAUGUGCGCCUGAUGGACAGUAAACUCUAUACUUGCACGGCAGAAAACCCAGCAGGAAAUGUGUCUGUUGGCUACAACUUACAUGUUCAAGCUAAGCCAAGGAUUCAAGCGGCGCCCGCCCUCCUGAAAGCCCUGCUUGGACAAGCCGUGACUCUACCUUGUGUGGUUCAAGGAGAGCCAACCCCUGAGAUCAGCUGGUUUCACAACGGACAGCCUGUUGGCGUGAAGAACUCUGCGCCCCUAAGGAUUCAGCGGGUCAGCGGCGUCCACCAGGGCACCUACCAGUGUGUGGCAACAAACAGUGCAGGGCAGGAGACCCUGGAGAUCCAGCUGGACGUGCUCGAGGCUCCAUCUUUUGCAGAGCCUGGAGAUGUCAUCAUGGAGAAAGUGGUGAACAGCAAGGUGACCAUUCCUUGUCGUGCUGAAGGCUCACCUCGUCCCAAGUUACGCUGGUUCAAAAACGGCUUGGAGAUACACCCGGAACAAUCGGAGUUUUCUGUGGCGAGGGAUGGAGCGCUUGUAAUUAGCACAGCAUCUGCCAGCCACAGCGGGGACUUCAAGUGCGUAGCAACCAAUGAGGCGGGCUCUGUGGAGAGGAAGACCAGACUGAAAGUAAAUGUCCCCCCAGAGAUCCAAGAUGAUGGUCAGCCGCUAAACCUCACUGUCACCUUGAAGCAGCCCCUCACUCUGGGCUGCGAUGCCUCUGGGAUCCCCUCUCCAUCAAUAACCUGGACUAAAGAUGGUCACCCUGUGGACAGCCCUGGGGUGUAUGUGCAGAAUGGAAAUAGGCUCCUCCGGAUCUACAGAGUCCAGCCCGAACAUGCAGGACAGUUUGUCUGCACGGCUCAAAACUCUGCCGGAGAGGCACGGAGAAAGUACAACAUAGUGGUUGAAGCUCCUCCAGUGAUUUCCGGAACAUCCAAGCUGCAGGAGUUCACUGUAGCACACGAACAGGAAGUGGAAUUCCAGUGCCGGGUCAGCGGACGACCAGCUCCCAGAGUGGAGUGGAGCCGCGAUGGAGAGGUUCUGUCUCGGGAUGGAGACCCUCAUGUGGAGUUUCUGGAGGAGGGUCAGGUGCUGAAGGUCAAGUCAGUGAGACUGAGAGACCAGGGGCUUUACCAGUGUCUGGCCAGGAACAAUGCGGGGACUCAAAUGCGCCAGUUCAGACUCACGGUGCAAGUUCCUCCAGUCAUCAAAGGUGGAAAUGAAACCACAGAGAUGUCAGUGGUUCUGGGUUUCCCGACCGUUCUUCCCUGUGAUGUGGAAGGUUCACCAACACCCAGCAUCACAUGGCUGAAGGACAACCAGCCAAUCGUGUCGUCUCCCCAGCUCACAUACAGCCGGAACGGUCAGGCUCUGCGACUGGGAUCCGCUCAGGGAGGCAGCAGCGGCCUCUACUCCUGCAGGGCCACAAACCCAGCCGGCAUAGCCGUUAAGCACUAUUCUCUGCGUGUUCUGGUUCCACCACAGAUUGAAGGAGAUUCGUCAACCUUUACUUUUGCCGGUCAGGAAGAGAAAGUGCGCAUAAAUGGAAGUUUAGCUCUUUCCUGUUUGGCCAAAGGUUUCCCAGAACCGAAAGUUCGUUGGUUCAAGGAUGGACAGUUGCUGAGUGGAAAGCACCACGCUGGCCUUCAACACCACGGACACUUCCUCCACAUAGAGCACGCCAUGCUGUCCCACGAGGGACAGUACACCUGUGUGGUUACCAACUCGGCAGGAGAGGACAAGAGAGACUUUCACGUCACAAUUCAAGUUCCUCCAGUCUUCCAGCGAGUGACCAACAGAGAAGCAGCCUGGGGUCUGGGGCACGAGGGGGACGAUCACGAGGAGGAAAUGACAGAGAAGAAGGAGGUCGUCUUGGGUCAUUCGGUCAGUCUGUCUUGUGAAAGCAAUGCCAUCCCCCCUCCUAAACUCAGCUGGUACAAGGAUGGAAGGAGACUCACGUCUGCGGACGGAGUGGUGCUCCAUCCAGGAGGUCAGGUGCUACAAAUCCCUCGAGUGCGAAAGGAGGACACAGGAAAGUAUACAUGCCAGGCUGUUAAUGAGGCAGGGGAGGACCACAUGCAUUUUGAACUAGAGAUCCUCAUUCCCCCUGUCAUCACGAGUACCUCAGAGUUCAUGGAGGAGAUGGGAGCGGUGGUCAACAGCACAGUGGUUUUACACUGUGAGGUGACGGGACAUCCGGCUCCAGUCAUCUCCUGGCUGAAAGACGGGCAGCCGGUGCACAAAGACUCUCAGCAUCACAUUAGCAGUGAUGGCACACAACUCCAGCUCCGCAGCGUCCAGGUUUCAGACAUGGCGGGGUACAUGUGUGUGGCUGAGAAUAAGGUCGGGACGGUCGAGAAGCUAUUCAGUCUUACGGUGCAAGUUCCUCCUGCCGUAACUGGGCCAAGAGAAGAGUCUGUGAGUGUAAUCGAGGGUCACAUGGUGUCACUGCUGUGUGACGUCCAAGCAUACCCUCCACCGGAGAUCGCCUGGACCAGAGACGGGCACCUCCUCCAAUUCAGCACCGGCGUCCAUAUUCUGCCAGGUGGCCAGAUGUUACAGUUGCCUCGGGCAAGACUGGAAGAUGCAGGGCAGUAUGUGUGCACGGCCAGCAACUCAGCAGGGCAGGACCAGAAGAGUUUUCUGCUCAACGUUUACGUCUUGCCCACCCUGAAGCCCCUGCAUGAUGCCGGGUCGGAGUCCAUGACCCCUCAGGUUGGCUCCUCCGUCACUUUGCGAUGUGUGGCUCAGGGAUUCCCAAAGCCAGAGGUCACAUGGUACAAGAACGGGCAGCAACUCGCUGCAGGAAACGGGCUGAAGAUGGAUGACAACCAGCUGGAGAUCACAGGAGUGCAGAUUUCUGACGGAGGCACGUACACUUGUAAAGUGUCUAAUGUGGCCGGCCAGGUGGACAGGACAUUCAGGCUGGCAGUUCAUAUUCCACCUGUGCUUGACGGGCCUCUGAGGGAGUCCUUGAAUUCCACCCUGGGCUCCCGUGUGGCCCUGCUGUGUGAAGCAACAGGAGUACCUGUUCCCAGCAUCAGCUGGCUCAAAGACGGAAGCCCAAUUGAAAGCAGUCUACAGUGGCAGUGGUCAGUUCGAGGAAACAGGCUGGAGCUGGGUCCUCUCGGUCUGUCUCACGCUGGAAUGUACACAUGUGUGGCCAAGAACAGCCAAGGGCAAACACAGAAGGACUAUGCCCUCACGGUGCAAGUAUCCCCCACCAUUCUAGAUUCAGACCAAGCGUCUGACGUGAGUGCCCCCUCGGGAGAGGAGGUCACCCUGGACUGCAGAGUCAAUGGAAUCCCCGCCCCCCACGUCAGCUGGCUGAAAGACGGCGUGACCCUGGUGGAGUCAGACUCCCAUCACAUCUCGAUGAGCCCCGAUGGAAGCAAGCUAACAUUACUACGACUUAGUGCUGAGGAUUCUGGGACAUACACAUGCUUGGCUGUCAGCACCGUCGGCCAGGACAGCAAAAUCUACACCGUCCAUGUUCUCGUUCCUCCGUCUAUUUCUGAUGAGUCGACGGUUCCCAGAGAGGUGCAGGUCACGCAGGACAGCGUGGUGACGCUGGAGUGUCGCGCGGCGGGAAACCCUCCUCCUCAGAUCAGCUGGAUGAAGAAUGGCCGCCCGUUGCUCCUCUCGCCUCGGACACGCCUCCUCUCCGGAGACUCUUUGCUGAGGAUCGCCCGUGUGCAGCUGUCUGAUUCUGGAGUCUACACUUGUGUGGCACGCAGUCGAGCCGGUUUAGCCGAGUUAAGCUAUGACGUCCAAGUCCAAGUGCCCCCUGGUGUGGAUCACGUUGAACCUGUGGAGCCAGUCACAGUCGUUCAGGGAUCCCUGGUGACGCUGACCUGUGAGGCGCGUGGGGUCCCUCCCCCCACCCUGACGUGGAUGAAAGACGGUCAGCCGCUGUCCCUGCACCGCAACCUGCUGCUGGACGGACAGGAAACGCGGCUGCAGCUGCCCGACGUGGCUCCCUCAGAUGCAGGCCUCUACAGCUGUGUGGCCAGCAACCAGGCUGGAAGCAGCACUAAGAGCUUCAACCUCACCGUGCUCGAGCCUCCAAAUAUAAUCAGCUCCAGUGUUCCAGAGGAGCUGACCUUAGCAGUCAAUAGUCCUCUAGAGUUAGAGUGUUCUGCAGAGGGAGUCCCACCUCCAACCCUCAGCUGGCUCAAGGACGGCCGUCCCUUGGAAAGAAGCGGUAUUGUUCAGCAGGAUGGACAUUUUGUUCGGAUCAGCAAAGUACAGGUUGAGGAUGCGGGCCUGUACACCUGCUUGGCCAGCAGCCUGGCUGGAGAGGAUGGAAAAAACCACUGGGUCAGAGUUCAAGUCCCACCAACGCUUCUUGGUUCUGGCGAUGUGAGAACGUUAACAGUUCCACUGAAUGGGCACAUGACCUUGGAGUGCCUGGCUGACAGUGACCCCCCUCCAGAAAUAGAAUGGUACAAGGAUGAAGUCAAACUGCAGUUGGGUGGUCGUAUCCAGCGACUGGCAGGUGGUCAGUAUCUGGAGAUACAGGAAAUGAGGCCUGAAGACGGCGGGCAGUACAGCUGCGUUGUUACCAAUAUGGCUGGAAGCAGCAGUCUCUUUUUUACUGUGGAAAUUGUCUUACCGCCUGUAAUAAAGGAGAGCAGUUCUGUGGUGACGGUACAUGUGGACCAGGAUGCCGUUUUAUCCUGUGAGGUUGAAGGUGACUCGUCCCCUGCAGUCAUGUGGAGAAAAGAUGGCUUCCCUCUGCCAAAACAUAACGACAAAUACACUGCAAUGUCGGAGGGUAAUUUGCAUAUUCACCGAGUCCAGUUAAGUGAUGCAGGUCGAUACUAUUGCACAGCCUCCAACCAGGCUGGCUCAGACCACCAAGCAAUGGACCUUAGAGUAUUUGUGGGUCCUUCCAUCAGCCCGGGUCCAUUUAAUAUAACUGUAACCACUGGAGUCAGAGCUGUGCUGAGCUGUGAAGCAACAGGGAUACCCUCACCAAAAGUUACCUGGAAGAGGAAUGGCACUCCUCUUGACGUCAGUCAUCAUCCUGGAGAAUACAGGUUGUUGUCCUCAGGAUCUCUGGUUCUGUCGUCUCCAUCAAGUGAGGAUGCAGGUUAUUUUGAAUGCACUGCAGUCAAUGAUGUUGGAGAGGAGCGUAGGGUCAUUGAAGUCAUCCUGCAGGUCCCUCCAUCUAUUGAGGACGAUGUCACAGCUAUCAAAGCUGUGAAAAUGUCUUCUGUGGUGUUGCCAUGUCACGCACAAGGUGAGCCUCAGCCUACUGUCACCUGGACAAAAGGUGGAGCCAAACUUGGAGCCAGAGGAGGAAGUUACCGUGUUCUUCCCACUGGAGUGUUGGAAAUAACUUCAGCCUUGCCAAGUCAUGCAGGCAGAUACACAUGCUCCGCCCGUAACCCAGCAGGAGUGGCUCACAAACACGUCUCUCUAACAAUACAAGAGCCACCGGAGAUCAGGCCGAUGGCAGAGGAAGUACAGGCGGUGUUGCAUCAUGGUACUGUUCUUCCAUGUGACGUUCAAGGACUCCCAAGACCAUCGGUCACCUGGCAAAGAGAAGGAGUUCCCAUAGCAGCAGGACACAGGCUGGCUGUGCUCUCCAGCGGGGCUCUGAAGUUUUCCCGCGUCACACUUGGCGAUGCAGGAACGUACCAGUGCGUGGCGAAGAACGACGCCGGUGUAGCUGUGGCAAGAACCAAACUGGUCCUUCAAGUUCCACCAGUGCUGAGCGUGCCCAGAGUUGAGUACACAGCUGUGUUAGGUCAGCCAGUCAGUCUGGAGUGUGUGGCGGACGGGCAGCCGCAGCCCGAGGUUACGUGGCAUAAAGACAGGAGGCCUGUUGCUGACGGCGCUCACACACAUGUAUUUUCCAAUGGAACUCUGGCCAUCACUUCCACCCAGCGCAGCGAUGCCGGUUUUUACACGUGCACUGCCAGAAAUGUGGCCGGCAGAGCCAGCCAUGACAUGAGGCUGCAGGUUCAAGUGCCACCGAUGAUUCCUCCGGUGCAGACGGAGCUGUCGGUCGUUCAAGGCUUCCAGGCCCUUCUUCCCUGUGCCGCUCAGGGUUUUCCAGAUCCCAGAGUAUCGUGGGAGAAGGACGGUGCCAUUGUUCCCAACCUUCCUGGCAAGUUCACAUUCCUCAGAUCAGGAGAGCUGAUUAUCGAGAGGGCAGAGCCAGGAGACGCAGGUGUGUUCACAUGUGUGGCCACAAACCCCGCAGGCUCUGCCAGACAAGACAUUCGUCUGUCUAUCAACAUGAGGCCUGUCUUCAAAGAGCUGCCGGGUGAUGUAACCUUAAACAAGGGGCAGAGCCUGCUCUUAUCUUGUCAUGCGCAGGGAACACCUCCUCCCGUUAUCUCCUGGACUGUCAACAACAUUCCUUAUGAGGGAGGUGUUGUGGAUGAAGCCGGCAGGAGCUCGGUCAUCGUUGAGAAUGUGACUUUGAGCGAUGCGGGGACGUACGUGUGUGUCGCUGAAAACAGCGUGGGAGCCAUCCGAGCGCUCUCAUUCGUCAGAGUGAGAGAGCCGCCGGUAUUGAAAGGCGAGGCCCACACCUCCCAGACUGUCAUCCAGGGGGGCUCCGCCAAGCUGGACUGUCCGGUCCAUGGAGACCCCAGCCCGGUGAUCCGCUGGCUCCGAAAUGGAAGCCCCGUAGCGCGGCUACUCCGAAUGCAAAGCCUCCACAACGGAUCUUUGGUCAUCUACGGCAUCACCACUGCAGAUGAAGGAGAAUAUCAGUGUGUGGCCGAGAGCGAGGCUGGAACAGCUGAGAGGACCAUCACUCUCAAAGUUCAAGUCAAUGGAGGCUACACCAGUUGGGGAGAGUGGGGUCCAUGUAGCAGCAGCUGUGGGGAAGGCCUUCAGGAACGAGUCCGAUCAUGCAGUAAGCCAGAACCGGCAAACGGAGGACGACCAUGCAGCGGUCCUAGUGUUGAUACCAAGAGAUGCCAUGCUGGACUGUGUCCAGGUGAGGUUCCACGCCGAACGAGAGGCAGCCUGAUAGGGAUGAUGAAUGAGAGAGAGUUCGGGGUGUCCUUCCUGGAGGCCAACAUUACCGACAACGUGGACGAAGGCAGCAGCACUUUACAGGCACGUCUGGAAAACAUCCCCCCCUCUGUGGGGCCCCUGCUGCGGGUGCUCGUCUCGGUGUUCACUCCGGUCUACUGGACCACUGUGCUGCAGAACGGAGCUGCCAGGAAUGGCUACUCCUUCACACAGGGCCACUUCAGGCAGGAGUCUCAGCUGGAGUUUGAGACUGGGGAGGUUCUUCGUUUGACCCAAGUUGCUAGAGGUCUAGACUCUGAGGGGGUUCUGCUCAUCGACAUUGUGAUAAACGGAUUUGUUCCUCCAUCUUUAUCAUCGUCUCACCUGAGCCUGCAGGAGUUCGAUGAAUCAUAUGUUCAGACGGGCCAGGGGCAGCUGUAUUCAUGGUCCUCUCAGACCCAUCAGAGAGGGGGGAGCCCCAUGGUGCUGCGCUGUAAUCACACCAUCACUUAUGAGGGCCAGCAGGAGCGGCAGGGCCCUCCGCUCCAGCUGCUAAAGGUCUCCGGGAUGAACAGUGUCUACAACAUGUUCACUCUCACUUUGGACUUCCACAUCACUUCCAGCCUCAUCAUUCCAGAUGGUUAUGAUGACUCUUGCCCCAAAGGCUUCACUCUUGACGAAGCCUCCUACUGUGCCGAUGAAGAUGAGUGUGCGCUGCAGUCCCCCUGCUCUCAUUCGUGCAACAACAUCAUGGGGGGGUUCUCCUGCUCCUGCCCCUCUGGUUUCACCAUUUCCACAGAGACCAACACGUGUCAAGAUAUUGAUGAGUGUUCUCAAGGCUCCCACAUGUGCCACUACAACCAGCAGUGUGUGAACACAUUGGGCACUUACCGCUGCCAGGCUAAAUGUGGAGCCGGGUUUAAGCCCAGCAUCACUGGAACCAUCUGUGAAGAUGUGGACGAGUGCCAGGAGUCUGCCGUCUCCCCGUGCCAGCAUCAGUGCCUCAAUACUCUGGGCUCUUACCGCUGCGUCUGCCAUCCCGGAUACCAGCAGGCUGGACACCGCUGCCUCGACAUCAACGAGUGCAUGAGAAACAUUUGCCCGGCUCACCAGCAGUGCCGCAACACCGAGGGAGGAUACACGUGUUUUGACAGCUGCCCGGCUGGGAUGACCACAGCAGAGGAUGGAGUCUGUGUGGAUAUUGAUGAGUGCCAGGAUGGGAGUCACAUGUGCCGCUACACUCAGAUUUGUCAAAACACCAUUGGUGGUUAUGCUUGCAUUUGUCCAAGAGGCUACAGAUCCCAGGGUGUAGGGCUUCCAUGUCUUGAUAUUGAUGAGUGCCUUCAAACUCCGAACCCCUGUGCCCACCAGUGCCGUAACGUUCCCGGCAGCUUCAGGUGCCUCUGCCCUCCAGGGACCGUGCUGCUCGGGGACGGGCGCUCCUGUGCCGGGCUGGAAAGAGGGCAAACUUUUACUAAUGGCACUCGAGUCAGGGCGAGACUCCGCCCACAGCUGGUGUCGUCUAUUGGCCGGCCAAUCCUGUCUCGUUCUAACGGGGUUUCUCGAAUUACCAGACAGAGCUGUCCCGUAGGGUACACCAACAGAGACGGCUCGUGUGUCGAUGUGGAUGAGUGCCUGCUGAGGAAACCGUGUCAGCAUGAGUGUCGCAACACCGUUGGAAGUUUCCAAUGUCUGUGUCCCCCAGGAUACCAGCUGCUGCCCAAUGGCAAAAGCUGUAAAGACAUUGAUGAAUGUGCUGAACAAGGCAUUCAGUGUGGACACAAUCAGAUGUGCUUCAACACUAGAGGAGGGUACCGCUGUCUGGAUACACCCUGUCCUGCAUCCUACCAAAGAGGGGGCACCCCUGGGACCUGUUUCAGGUCUUGCUCCGCGGACUGCAGCACAGAGGGCUCCCUUCUGCUCCUGCAGUACAAGCUGCUCACGCUCCCCUCUGGCAUACCAGCCAAUCACAACGUGGUACGACUGUCUGCGUUCUCAGAGUCGGGCAUCCUGCAGGAACGCACGUCCUUCACAAUACUGGAACAGGAGUGGGAGGCGGGAGGCGCGGGCCGGGUUUUUGGCAUCAGAGACGAGGCGGGCAGAGGGAUCAUCUUCACCCUGCGACACCUCAGCAGGCCGGGACUGGUGCGGCUCAAAGUGCAGGCCACCACUGUCUCGCUACAAGGUCGCAUUACAUACCAGAGCAUUUUCAUCAUCUACAUCUCCAUCUCGGCAUACCCCUACUGAGCUUCAUGAGGGACUCUUGAGGAACAAACAGAACAUUUCACCAAAAAAAAUUAACUAUGCAAACAAAAAUGCCCUAAUAAAACUUCAAAAGUAAAAAAAAAAAUAAGGAAAAAAA